AGCACGCAUACAGUCUGAAGAUGGCGGACUCCUCUGAAUCGUUUCACAUGGCAACCAGCCCCAGCCGGGGCUCCAGGCGUGGGGACCUUACCUCCAGCCCCGGGCGAGAUCUUCCUCCUUUCGAAGAUGAGUCUGAGGGGCUGCUGGGGGACGAGCAUUUGCCGGACGAAGAGGAGGAAGAUGGGGAGGAGUUAAUCGGCGAUGGGAUGGAGAGGGACUACCGGGCCAUCCCAGAGCUGGACCGAUACGAGGCAGAGGGACUGGAUGAGGAGGAGGACUACUCUGAGCUGUCCCCUGGGGCCAGGGCGGCAGCGGAAGAGGCCAUGAGGCGGCGGGACAGGGAGCAGGGGCUCAGUGGGCGCAUGAGGAGGGGCCUGCUGUAUGACAGUGAGGAUGAAGACGAAGACCGACCGGCGAGGAAGCGCAGGCUGGCGGAACGUGCCGCCGAGGGAGCCGGCGCGGAGGGCGAGGAUGAGGAGAUGAUCGAGAGCAUUGAGAACCUGGAGGACAUGAAGGGCCACUCUGUGCGGGAGUGGGUGUCUAUGGCCGCCCCCCGCCUGGAGAUCUACCACCGCUUCAAAAACUUCCUGCGCACACAUGUGGAUGAAAACGGGCACAACGUGUUCAAGGAGAAGAUCAGUGACAUGUGCAAAGAAAACAAGGAGAGCUUGGUGGUGAACUAUGAGGACUUGGCUGCUCGGGAGCAUGUGCUGGCCUAUUUCCUGCCAGAGGCCCCCACAGAGAUGCUGAAGAUCUUUGAUGAAGCUGCCAAGGAGGUUGUGCUUGCCAUGUACCCCAAAUACGACCGCAUCGCUCAUGAGAUCCAUGUCCGCAUCUGCAAUCUGCCUCUGGUGGAAGAGCUGCGUUCUCUCAGGCAACUGCAUCUGAACCAGCUGAUUCGUACCAGCGGAGUGGUGACCAGUUGCACAGGAGUGCUGCCCCAGCUUGGCAUGGUCAAAUAUAACUGUAACAAGUGUAACUUCAUCCUGGGGCCAUUCUUCCAGUCCCAGAACCAGGAGGUCAAGCCAGGCUCCUGUCCUGAGUGUCAGUCCCUCGGGCCCUUUGAGAUCAACAUGGAGGAAACAGUGUAUCAGAACUACCAGCGCAUCACCAUCCAGGAGAGCCCUGGGAAGGUGGCCGCUGGCAGGCUUCCACGCUCCAAGGACGCCAUACUGCUCGCUGACCUGGUGGACAGCUGCAAACCUGGGGAUGAAAUCGAACUGACGGGGAUCUACAAUAACAACUAUGACGGCUCACUCAACAUGGCCAAUGGCUUCCCAGUGUUUGCCACAGUGAUAAUGGCCAAUCACAUUGCACGGAAGGAUGAAGGAGUGGCUGUGUCAGAGCUCACAGAUGAGGAUGUGAAGGCUAUUGUGGCACUCUCCAAGGAUGAGCGCAUUGGCGAGAGGAUCUUUGCAAGCAUUGGUCCCUCCAUCUAUGGUCAUGAGGACAUCAAGAGAGGUCUGGCCCUGGCACUAUUUGGUGGUGAACCAAAGAACCCAGGCGGGAAGCACAAGGUCCGUGGUGACAUCAACGUGCUGCUAUGUGGGGACCCUGGCACAGCCAAGUCCCAGUUCCUGAAAUACGUGGAGAAGGUGGCCAACAGGGCGGUGUUCACCACAGGCCAGGGUGCCUCUGCUGUGGGUCUCACGGCCUACGUCCAGCGGCACCCCGUCAGUCGGGAGUGGACGCUGGAGGCUGGAGCUCUGGUGCUCGCUGACCGAGGCGUCUGCCUGAUUGAUGAGUUUGACAAGAUGAACGAUCAGGACAGAACCAGUAUCCACGAGGCCAUGGAGCAGCAGAGCAUCUCCAUCUCCAAGGCUGGCAUCGUCACUUCCCUGCAGGCCCGCUGCACUGUCAUCGCCGCAGCCAAUCCCAUCGGUGGGCGCUAUGACCCCUCUCUUACCUUCUCGGAGAACGUGGACUUGACUGAACCCAUUGUUUCCCGUUUUGAUAUCUUGUGCGUGGUUAGGGACACAGUGGAUCCAGUGCAGGACGAGAUGCUGGCUCGCUUCGUGGUGGGCAGCCACAUCAAACACCACCCCAGCAAUAAAGAAGGCGGCAUGGCCGGGCUGGAAGAGAUGGUGCUGCCCAACUCCUCGGACGUACCGCCCAUCCCUCAAGAGCUGCUGAGGAAGUACAUCAUGUACGCCAAGGAGCGCGUGCGACCCAAGCUCAACCAAAUGGACCAGGACAAGGUGGCCCGCAUCUACAGUGACCUGCGCAAAGAGUCCAUGGCCACAGGCAGCAUUCCCAUCACAGUUCGUCACAUUGAGUCGAUGAUCCGCAUGGCGGAGGCCCACGCCAGGAUGCACUUGCGCGAUUACGUGCUGGAAGACGACGUCAACAUGGCCAUCCGUGUCAUGCUGGAGAGCUUCAUCGACACCCAGAAGUUCAGCGUCAUGCGGAGCAUGAGGAAGACCUUUGCCCGGUACCUGGCCUUCAGACGAGACAACAACGAGCUGCUGCUGUUCAUCCUGAAGCAGCUGGUGUCUGAGCAGGUGGCGUAUCAGCGCAAUCGCUACGGAGCCCAGCAGGACACCAUCGAGAUCCCGGAGAAGGAUCUGGUCGAUAAGGCCAGACAGAUCAGCAUCCACAACCUUUCUGCAUUCUAUGACAGCGAGCUCUUCCGCUCCAACAAAUUCUCUCACGACUCUAAGAAGAAGCUCAUCAUGCAGCAGUUCUGAGUCUGAUUGGGGGAGCUGCAGCCCUGCAUAUGUAUAUAUUUGUAUAUUUGGGUUACCUUGUAUUCAGCAUCAGUUGGAGAGGGCCCAAACAAUGGUGAAGAUCACUUGUCUGCCCCCAUACUUGUUAGCCAUUUGGAAAGACUGUUUUACAAUUUUGCAUGCUCACAUCAUUGCUCUUUGUCUGCGGUGACAUGAAUGAUACUGAUGCAUUCUGUGGUUUUUGUAGUUUUGUAUUUGGUAUAUGCAGAUUAGCUCUGCAUGGGUGGGAGUAGUACAAAAGUGAACUGUAAGAAUGUUACAGAAUUUGUACUGAGAUGUUGCUUCAUUAAAGUUAUUGUGAAAAGUAAAACU